AUGCGCGGCGAGUCGUGGGGGCUCAAUCUCAGACAGUCAAAAUUCAACCCCGAGCCGAAUCCUGUCCCAACUAUCGUUAUCUCAGCAACUCGCCAAGUUAUUGACGACACCUGGCUUCGCACAGUCCGAGAAAUCUACUCCUUAUUAUGCAAAGAGAAUCUCUCACAUGUCUCGGUCGAGAUCCAUGACCCCCAAGCACUCGAUCCACCUCAUACCUCCCCCGUUCAACCAGAUGAGGAAAUCUAUCCCAAGUGGGAUGCUGUACUCGCGAAAAUACUGAAGCGUAUUGAGCUUCAGGAUAUUCUCACCAUCGGAUGUUACCGGCGCGGAAGAAGCUCAGAUACCUCAGAGAACCCCGCAACGGUCCUCGUUAUGGUGGACGUGAACAGUCGCAAACUUUGGAAGGCUACCAGAGACACAAUCACUAAAAUCCUCACUGACUUCUCUCUGCCUAUGGUCGCUGUGGAGAUUGUCAAGGACAUGAUAAUUUUACUUGAUCAUCGAGAAGCAGGAUUCAAAGAGGAAAUUCAGAAGUCUCGUGCGAUUCCUGGAGGACUCAUUUCGUCGCUCAAGUACAAAUAUGGAUCUGGAACCCUUGGGGGUUUCAUUGAGCUUCAGGACCCGAAGGGUGCCUGGUUCCCGUUUGCAUUAACGUGUUUCCAUGUUAUCGAUCCCGCGGAUGGGGACAUAGUUGGAAGCGAUGAUCUCGAAGCCAUCAAGAAGUGGCGAAAAGAGGGCAUCCCCUACUACCAAUACAAAGAGUCGCCAAAGGAAUUCGCAAUCCUUGCUCGGAACGUCAAAGUCAGUCACCCAAGCCGACUUGCCAGAGAAGAAGAUGAGAAAUCUCGCCACUUGAUUGAAAUUACCAAAGCAUCUUCGGCCUUCAAACACAUGUCGAUGUUAAAUGAUGAAGGGCUCUUGAAUGAUUUGAGUGACACUAAAAAGGAAGCGUUCCGUUCAUUUCAAGAGGAGAUAGAUGAAGCUCAAGACAACCUGGACCGCACCGCAGCAUUCUUCAAACAGUCGAAAAAUGUCCUCGGCACUGUGUCAGCCGGCUCGGGAUAUCGAACUAUGCAGCACUACCUCAAGGAUGGUCAAAAAUGGCCUACUGAAGUCGAUUGGGCAAUAGUCGCUGUCAAAAUUCAUUGGUCGAUCUCAAACAGACUCGACAAGAAGACUAUUCUACAGAACAUAGCCUCUGAGGAAACCUUCAAAGACCUCAAAACCUGUGGUGAUGAUGGUCUGGAAGUAGAAUUUCAAGGUAGUACACUCCGAGUCGCGAAAGUCAGUCCGCACACUACGACAUUCCGGUCGCUAGAGUGGAGUAUCUGUGGAACUGCAAGUAACCCCGAUUCUCCUGUGGAACAGGGCGACUCGGGAUCUUUGAUCUUCCGGACCGUUGAGAAGGAAGUACUGGGGAUGCUUAUUGCCGGCUCGGUGCACAACAAAAUUGGUUACUUCACAAGAAUCGACGACCUUAGCAAUGAUAUCUUAAGCCAGACCGGAGCAACAGACAUUCGGAUGUAUGGUGCAUGA